CCUCUACAGGAAUGUCAUGCAGGAGAACUAUGAGAUGGUGACCUCGCUGGGAUUCCCCCUUAGCAAACCUGAGCUGAUUGUCCGGCUGGAACGAGGGGAAGAGCCGUGGGUGCCCGACCUCCGACCCUGCAAGGAAAGAAGGCUUCCGAGAUACACCCAUAGAGCAGGUGCUGAGCGAGGAAGUGAGAAUGAGGAGGGGAAUCAUCAUGAGGAAGUUCCCGGGGAAGUGGAACCGCAGGGGACCUUUGUGGGAAGAGCUGAAGGGAUUUUUUCCCAGUACUUCGAACACGAAGAAGCCUGGGGAAAUUGGCACAGGUCAGAGAGGCUUCUGGGAAACCACCCAGGGAAGAAUGUGGAUGAAUCUAUUAACAGUGGGGGAGGAGAGGAGGAUUCCAAGGAAGAGACACUCUGGCACUACCUUCAGUGUGGGAAAGGAUUCAUUGUGAGAUCACAGCUUGUGACACAUCAGACAAUCCUUACUGGAGAGAAUCAUCUUCAAUGCUUGGACCAUGGGGAAAGCUUCAAUAAGCUCUCAGAUCUUAAUAACCAUGGGAGAAGCCACAGUGGAGAAAAACCCUCUCAAUCCCUCAAGUGCGGGAAAUGUUUCAUUUCGAAGACACAAAUAAUUAGACAUCAGUUACGCCACACAGGGGAGAGACCCCACAAGUGCUUGGACUGUGGGAAAUGUUUCACAGAGAGGACAAACCUUGUUAAACAUCAGGCAAUUCACACAGGAGAGAGACCCCACAAGUGCUUGGACUGUGGGAAAAGUUUCAUACAGAAGUCAAAUCUAGUUCGUCAUCAGGCAUUACACACAGGAGAGAGACCCCACAAGUGCUUGGACUGUGGGAAAUGUUUCACAGAGAGAUCAAGCCUUGUUGAACAUCAGGCAAUUCACACAGGAGAGAGACCCCACAAGUGCUUGGACUGUGGGAAAAGUUUCAUACGGAAGUCAAAUCUAGUUCGUCAUCAGGCAAUUCACACAGGAGAGAGACCCCACAAGUGCUUGGACUGUGGGAAAUGUUUCACAGAGAGAUCAAGCCUUGUUAAACAUCAGGCAAUCCACACAGGGGAGAGACCCCACAAGUGCUUGGACUGUGGGAAAUGUUUCACAGAGAGAUCAAGCCUUGUUGAACAUCAGAGAAUUCACACAGGAGAGAGACCGCACAAGUGCUUGGACUGUGGGAAAAGUUUCAUAAGCAGGUCACACCUUGUUCAGCAUCACAAAAUCCACACAGGAGAGAGACCCCACAAGUGCUUGUACUGUGGGAAAUGUUUUAUACGAAGGUCAAGCUUUGUUUAUCAUCAGGCAAUCCACACAGGAGAGAGACCCCACAAGUGCUUGGACUGUGGAAAAAAUUUCAUACAGAGGUCAGACCUUGUUAAACAUCAGGCAAUCCACACAGGAGAGAGACCCCACAAGUGCUUGGACUGUGGGAAAUGUUUCACAGAGAGAUCAAGCCUUGUUAAACAUCAGGCAAUCCACACAGGAGAGAGACCCCACAAGUGCUUGGACUGUGGAAAAAAUUUCAUACAGAGGUCAGACCUUGUUAAACAUCAGGCAAUCCACACAGGAGAUAGACCCCACAAGUGCUUGGACUGUGGGAAAUGUUUCACAGAGAGAUCAAGCCUUGUUCAGCAUCAGAGAAUCCACACAGGAGAGAGACCCCACAAGUGCUUGGACUGUGGGAAAAGUUUCAUAAACAGGUCACACCUUGUUCAGCAUCAGAGAAUCCACACAGGAGAGAGACCCCACAAGUGCUUGGAAUGUGGGAAAAGUUUUACAGAGAGGUCAAACCUUGUUAAGCAUCAGGCAAUUCACACAGGAGAGAGACCCCACAAGUGCUUGGACUGUGGGAAAGGUUACAUACAAAGGUCACGCCUUAUUCAACAUCAGGCAAUCCACACAGGAGAGACUCCAGCGGUGCUUGGACUGCGGGAAAUGUCUGAUCUCAUUAAAUAUGGAAGAAUCCACCCAGAAUCUAAACUUCUGUGACACAUGGCAAGAAAGGAUUAAGCAAGUUGCAUGUAAUUGAUUCCCUGGGGGUAGGGGCUGAAAGAUGGAGAGAAUGUUUAUAGGUGAAAUUACCAAAAUGUGUUUUGCAAGGUUAGUGUUAAUUGGAUCUGUUCCGCUCUCCUGCUUGGACGUUUUCUGUGAGGAUCCUGGAGAUGGAAAGGAGCAGGUGUUACCAUCUUGGCGGCACUUUGGCACGUGCUUGGGGCAGCACCUUGGGAGGAGGCGGUGA